AGACCAUCCUACGAUCGCUACGUGUCGCUACGAGCGUAUCGUCUAAUAAAUCUAUUUCGUAAUUUUCUCGUGAAGUGUUCGUGCCGUUGUUUGGUUUGUCAGAUUCUAGAGCAGAUAUUAAAGUUGAGUCCAAAGAGUUUCAACAAACUAUGACUUGACAAUCACAACAUAAAUUGUAGUGAACAUGACGUGCCCAUUCCGCCGCGCCUCUUCCCAGCAUCAAUUUGCAAAUGGCGGCGGUUCCGGUAAAAAGUUGGAGUUUCGGUCUAGGCAGUCAUCGGUUCACCUUCCGGGUCCGGAAGAGGAGGAAGGGGAAAACAACACCCUUACAUUAAAACAUCUCAGUGAGGCGUUAAAGUUACUUACGGCUCCAACGAACGAUUGCCUUCACGCCGCGGUGACAUCAUUAACAAAGAACCAAGCCGAACAUUACGACAAAUACAAUUGUCUGCGUAGAUUACCAGAUGACGUAAGGACGUGCAGAAACUAUGCUUACCUACUAGAAAUUUACGACGCGGUCCGAGCUACUGACAGUGUAUCUACUAAGGACUUUAUGGCAAAGUUAGGCGAGUAUUUAAUAUUAACAGCAUUUUCUCAUAAUUGUCGACACGAGAGGGCGUUCAAAUGCUUAGGAUCUAAUUUAACAGAAUUCUUAACAACUUUGGACAGUGUUCAUGACGUUUUACAUGAUCAGGAUGAUGCCUUAAAAGAUGAAUCGUCGGAGAAUGAAGCAGCUUUCGUCUGCACGACAUCGGAUGCUGGUAGAAUACAACUGCAUUUAACUACCGAGAGUGAACCAGUCGCAUACUUAUUAGUGGGAAGUCUGAAGGCAAUCGCCAUUAAGCUAUAUGACACACAGACGGAUAUAAGACUGAUGAGCUAUUCAAACGAUCCGAGGAGAUUUAGGUAUGAUAUAAGUUCCAUACCGUUACACCAGAGAUCAAAGGAGGAUAAUUGUCAGGCAACGAGCGAUGCUGUAAUUCUUGCGUCAUCUAACAAAGUGAAUGAUCUCAAGAUCGGCGUCGCAAGCUUUUGCAAAGCGUUUCCCUGGCAUUUCAUUACUGAUAAGCGAUUAGAGCUCGUACAACUCGGUGGAGGUUUCAUGCGUUUGUUCGGAACGCAUCUAUCUUCACACGGGUCGUCACUUGGGACUUACUUCAGGUUGUUACGACCUAGGGGUGUCCCCCUAGACUUCCGCGAGAUCCUCAAACGCCUAAACACUCCGUUUAUGUUCUGUUUGAAGAUUCCGGGAUCGGCUUCUUCAGCUGAGGGCUUAGAAAUAAAGGGACAGAUGGUAUUCUGUUCUGAGUCCGAUUCCCUACUUUUUGUUGGAUCGCCAUUUCUUGAUGGCCUCGAAGGGCUAACUGGGCGAGGCCUAUUUAUAUCAGACAUCCCAUUACACGAUGCUACGAGAGAUGUCAUCUUAGUCAGCGAACAGACAAGGGCGCAGGACGGCCUCCGUAAGAGGAUGGACAAACUGAAAAAUUCAAUAGUAGAAACGAGCAAUUCUGUUGACAAGGAAAGGGAGAAAAAUGUCAGUUUACUGCAUUUGAUUUUCCCACCUCACAUCGCAAAACGUUUGUGGUUAGGUGAAGUUAUAGAAGCUAAAAGCCACGAUGAUGUCACGAUGCUAUUUAGCGAUAUAGUGGGAUUUACUUCUAUUUGCGCUACGGCUACACCUAUGAUGGUCAUUGCAAUGCUUGAAGAUUUAUACAGCGUGUUUGAUAUAUUCUGUGAAAUUUUGGAUGUUUAUAAGGUGGAAACUAUUGGUGAUGCGUACUGUGUAGCAAGCGGCUUACAUCGUAAAAUCGAAACCCAUGCACCUCAAAUAGCCUGGAUGGCGCUCCGCAUGGUAGAAACUUGUGCACAGCAUCUCACUCAUGAAGGAAAUCCUAUUAAGAUGAGAAUUGGCCUCCACACUGGCACGGUUUUAGCGGGGGUGGUUGGUAAAACGAUGUUAAAGUAUUGUCUUUUCGGACACAAUGUCACUCUUGCUAACAAAUUUGAAUCUGGCUCAGAGCCUUUGAAAAUCAACGUCAGUCCAACUACAUACGAGUGGCUAAUAAAGUUCCCGGGUUUUGAAAUGGAACCCCGCGACCGUUCGUGCCUGCCGAAUUCCUUUCCCAAGGACAUCCCAGGGACUUGCUACUUUCUACAUAAAUACAGCCAUCCGGGGACAGAAGUACACGCUCCCCAGGUUGAACAUAUAGAGGAUGCCUUAAGAGAAUUCGGGAUCGGACAAGGCAAGACGACUGAAGUGGAUUGCGAUGAACCGACUUAGUUUAAAUAAUUAUUAUAAAAACAUUCCAAUACAAAGAGAGAUUUGUAAAUAGUUACUUCUAAAGCUUACUAUAAGUCGAUUAUUUUAGAAUGGCUUUUUAAAAAAAUUUUUUUUUAAAUAAAAGUUACGAUGAACAAAAAUACAAAUUUAAGCUGUCUGAAAAUAACUGAAAUAUAUUUUAAAGCAAAAAUCAAAGGCCUAUACAAAACACCCUUGGGAAGAACGUCAAACGGGUUGAUUCAGAACUUUGUUCAUCAAAAUAAAGCUUUUCAAUUUAUAAACAAUUAUUCCGGAUUUCAGGUGUUUUUAAACGUUUCUAUUAUACGGAUUUUAUUUAAACAAACAUUUCGGUGAUUGCUUUCGCUUUAAAUGAAUUUGAUUUCAGAACGUCUAACAUCUGUGAAAUUGAAUUAUCAAUGUAUUACAAAUUACACCAAAAUGAAUUAGAUAUGAAUUUUCACGCACACGUAUUUAAACAUAUAUGUAGUACAUUUUAUAACCGUAUAUUUUAUAAUGUUAAUAUAAAUUUAAUAAACAAUUUUUCAAACUGUUUGGAACAAAUAACCAUAACUAACUAUAGUUCAAUUAGUCUAAUCUGGGCUUAGAACGUUAACUUAAACACCAACAGUAAUAAUGUAAAGCAUAACUAAAUCUUCGUAGAAGCUGGUGUUAAGUCCUUUCACACGUAAUCUUUACAAAUUAUUUUAGCGAACAUUUCUUAAACACUAAUUGCUUUUGUAUAUUUAUCUAGAUAUAUCGUGUAGAUAAUAUAGUCUAAGAAUAUGAUUGUGACUUAAAGCUGAAAAGAUUCUUGGUUAUUAGAAUGUGUCAUUAUAUUUGUCACUCGUAUCGUGAUUAAAGUAGGUAUUGUAGCAAGUAGAUACGCAAAACUAGAUAACUAUAGAUCAUAGUCUCUCAGUAGUGAAAUAAGUAGUAACUAUUUAUCACGUCGCAUCGUAGUAAUAAUUUUAAUAGUAAACUAUUAUAAAUUUCACGUAUAGUUCAACGACGAGCUAGAAAUAUAGACAUUGAAAAUUUUUAUUUGAUAACAAUCAGAAAUAUAAAAAAUAUAUCUGCUUCAGUAAAACAUAUAUUGAGAUUUUUAUUUUUUGCUUUACUUUAUAUAAAAUAUUAAAUACGUCUCAAAUAUUUUAAAUAAUAGGAAGCUUUGUCAUGAUAAAUAUAAGAAUUUGUAAAUAAAUUUGAAUCUGGGAUAAUUACGACUUAUUUAAUGAUAUAAAGCAUUCGCCGUAGCGUAGUGUAAGGUCUAGGUAACACUUGGCACUAUAAGCACUGUAUAAUGAAAACGUGUAAUCAGCAUAUAUUAUAUAAAUAUAAGAAAAUUUAAAUGUAUAUUUAGUUUGUUUCUUAAACCUUUGUAAAUUAUUGGAUAUUAUUACAAUUUGUACAUAGCUUUUGUGGCUUUAUAUGUUAAUAGUUGUUAUGAUGAGAAAUUAAUAAUUUUUUAAUUAAUAUUUUCUUGUAAAACAUUCCAUUUAUCAUUAAUUGGUAGAAGUGAUGAGUGUUCACAUCUUCAGAAAUACUUUGCUGAACCGUAUGUGAAGUCGCCCUUAUUGGACCAAAUGCUGAUACAAAGAUCAUUAGGAUUAUGCACGUUUAUCUUUAGAGAUACGCACCAGAAAGAUAUUUUUGAAGUUUAUGGACUGUUCCGUACAUUACAAUUAAGUUAGUUCUAUGAUUAGUCAAUGUUUAAGGCACGAGGAACGGAAAUCUCUUUAACAACUGUUCCCCAAACUUGGAAGACAAAUUUCAACAAAUGAGAUUUUUUUAAUAUAUCGAUAAUAUACAACACACAUAUACAAUAAUGCCUCAGUCAGAUAAUAUUUGUGAAGAAAGUUACUUUAAUUCAAUAACUUAGGUCAUGUAAUGUAAUUAAAGUUAAUAGUAUUAAGGACUCAGAUAUGUGAAGGAAAAAAGCGUAUGUUCUAAAAUAGUAUAAUGCUUACUGCGAACACAUUUGACUUGUAAUUUUAAUAUAUCGUAUACACUUGUCCCUGUAGUUGAAAUUAUGCAUUGUAAAUAAUAUAUUUCACAUUUAAUAUAUUACAGUAGAUCUAUAUUUAAUGUUAUAAGAAACUGCUUCGUUAUCAUAACAUAUCGCUUAGAAAUUUAGUCACAUUUUCUAGUCGUAUAUAAAAUAAAUUGUGUACUUACUUGUAGACAAUAAUGUUUCAAAAGACAACUAUUCCUUUUGUGUUUGUGCAUCUAUAAAAAAAAUAGUCCUUUAAAAAUUAAAAUAAAUUCACAUGUAUAGCUAUCUAAAUAUUUAAAUUCGUUCCAAAAUUAAUGGCAUCAAGACAAAUGUUCACGUCGUUUAUUUUAAUUGGAGUAAUACCAGGAAGACCUAAAGACACCCAAGGAUUUUUAGAACUCUGUGUGUGCUUUUAACAAUAAAUUUUCGUUAAGAGGUAAUUUCAAAGACUUUGAAACAUAUAUUCUUAUCACCUAAGGAAUAUAAUAUUUGAACUGUAUAUACUUUAGAUGGCUGUAACACGUUUAUAUUACCUCUUUAAGGUAUAGAAUACCUAAGCUUUAACUCUCUCUAUAGAAGUGUGUUCUAAAUGUAUUUACGUUUAUAUAUAAGAAUUGUUAUUUUGAUCUUAAUUAAUUUUAAUUGUUAGUACGUUCUUGUUUCAAAUUAUUAAAUAAUAUUUUUUAUGUGUCUGCCUUCUCGUAGAAUUGUAUCGAACAUUAGAUAUUAUGUUUAUUUAUAAAGAAUAUAAUCUCACUCUGUGGAUGCUAUUCUAAAGCUCUUACUAUAAGAAGUGAAAAUGCACUGUUAGAAAGCUAUGAAUAAAUAUGUUUCUUUCAUA